ACUCAUCUGAAAGUUGUUUAUGACUUAAAUAUGUUGAUUGAAAUUUGAUAAGAAACAAACUUCUUUUUAAGACUUUUUACAAUGAUAUGAUGAGGUUUUUUUUAGUAGCAAUUUCUUGGUAAACAAUUAAUUGUUUUCAAUUUAAAUUAUGGUUUAAUGAUGUUAUAAGUAUUGGUCUCUAAUAGUGAAGUUACACAUUCAUUUCAAUAAUAAAAAUAAUCAUCUUAUCAAAAAAUUGGUUUUGAAAAAUAAAAUGGCAGCUUAUAAUGAAGACUUUGUAAAGCAAUUUUCGUCACUGCAAAUGGGGUCGUCGCAUAAGUCAUUGCAUACGAAUCAAGAUUCAGAUAGUGUUUUAGUCAACAUUUUGCUACAUAUACUUAAAGAAACCAAGGUUCCAGUCAGUUUAUCUUUUUUAAAUGUAACUUUUAAAUCAUCAGGUUUGACUUGGAUAAUCUCAGAGAAUUUUUUACUGAAAAGACAUGAUAUUUUUGCGUUAUCAAUUUUAGGUAAUGAUUUAAAAUUAUGUUUACGAAAAACAAAUGAGAUAUUUGAACGAACAGAUGACGGUUUAAACAUAAUUGGUAGUAUUAACAAAGAUCUCACUUUAAUCUCACGUAUUCAAAAUGUGCUUCAAAAUCCAAUACCAUUUGAUGAAUUUUGCCAGAAAUAUAAUUCCAACAAAUAUAAAGUAAAUUUGGCCUUCAUUGUACGUAAUAGUCAUGCUUUAAGACUAUCUUUAGUUAAUGGUAUCACAUAUAUUAAUUUAAACAAAAAUGGAUUUUAUUCUGAUAUAAAUGAAGAUGAUAUAUGGGGUUGUCUCAGGAGCGAUGGGUUUAAAACAAUCUUUGUUAGAUGCCUAAAAGGAUUGCUUGAAAACUUCUUUGAACCUGUUCAACUGGGAAAUCUACAGAGUUGCUUUAAUUAUGGUGGCUGGGUAAUCGAUAAAAGUUUUUUAAAGGCACAUUCUGACAUUUUUCUGGGGGAUGGUAUCAGGGGAAUAACAUUAAACAAAAAUAAGUUUGAAAACAAAAAUUUAUCAUCACAUAAUGACGAGCCAAUCAGAAAAACUCUAUCGUCACAUAAUGAAGUGCCAAGCAGAAAAGAUAUGUUUGAAAACAAAAACUCCUCACCGUGUAAUGAAGUGCUUUGCAGAAAUGAUGCGGAAACAAAUUUAAAAUCUCAUUUUCAAAAAGCUCUUGUAGAUUUUGCUUUGCAGCAUGACUCAUCGAUUGUUGUUUUAGGAUCAUCAAAUCAACAACCUCCUUUGAUAGUUGAAGCCUUAGGAAGUAAUAACACAGUAAAACGAUUAACAGCUUUGUGUUCCAUAAGAGAUUAUUUAAAUAAGGAAAUUGAAAAAGAGUUGGCUAAUACAAGGAAUGAAAUAAAUUAACUUAUAAUCUUUUUUAAUAUGUGACAUCAAGCAUCAUGGUCUUUGUGUGUGUGUGUGUGUUUAAAUUGUGAUUAAAAUUUCCAAUGAAUCCGUAUAUUGUAUGUGAUGUUAUUUAUUGUGUUAGGUGUAUAAAUUAGAGGUGUGAUAUUAGAUGUGUGUCAUAAUCAUAUUGCAAUAUGCAGGAAUAACCACAUUGCUACAUACUUUAUAAUAUUGAAAUUUGGUUGAUAUAUUGAUUCAAAGUGAGUAGGACUCCUUAUUUACUGCACUUAAAAACAAACGUAUUUAACAUGACUUGCAGACAUCGUGACAGUGAACUUGAUUUUUUAAAUUUUAAAUUUUUUAUAAAAUUGGAUUAUGUAUAUAAAUUUUAUAUAAGUUUUGUUAAAAUUUUUUUAUAGUUUUAAAGUAUGCUUUUUAUAAUUUUAAAUACAUCAAGGAUUGCUGCAGCUUUUUUUGAUACUUGAGAACAAUAAAUUUCAGACAUGGAGCAAACUUCAAACUAAGAUAUGUUUACGCCUAUAUCAAACAAGAGCAAUUUGUAAAAUAUUGCAGUGUUUGGAGACUGGGUACAAUAAAAACCCCAAAAAUUCAUGACCCAUUCGUUUAAGGGGUUUGGGAACUUAACAUGGUUUUGAAUUUCGAACACUAAAAUAUUAUAAGAUGAAUUUUGAAAUCUGUCGGUGAAUAUAAAUUCAAUUAAUAUAAAGAAUAGUAGUAGUAUAAAACUCAGUAUCAUCCUUACAUUUAGGUUGAAAAUGAGAGCACAGUUUUAAGGCUUUGUUUCUCAGGCACCGAUUGCUGUAAUUUUUCGCAAAGCAUUUUUGCUAAAAGCACAACAAAGCAAAUUUGAUAAAACAUAAACAUACCCAAAUUUGAAACUUGCUUUGUCUAAAAAAAAAAUUUCUAUCAUCAAAAAAGCUACCGCGAUCCCUUAACAUAGACCAGAAGUACGUUGAAGUAUCCGACGUAUCUAUGUUAUAUAACAUAAUACUGAGUUUUUAACUCGUGGAUUUUUUUUUUCUUUCUAAUAUUUAGUUAAAGAGAUAGAGAACGAGAGAUAGUCAAACUGCGUACGUACUCGCUGUUUUUAACAAUCCGUCCUAUACGCAUCCGUACGUUUUUGGGCAACUCCCCUCCCCACAUACCGUGUGUACUUUAUGGAAAACCAAUAUGUCUAUUUUUAAAAAUCGGUUAAUAAAUUUAUGCUUUUUAAUUAAAAAAAUGCACUCUUAGACUUUUAACGUACUUUAGACGUACUUUUUUGUCUAUAAUAAUUCGUUUUUUAGAAUGUGACGUCAUUAUGUUAUUUACAUGUUUUUUGUAUCUGAUUUGUAACAAUUUGUAAAUCUAAAUAUAUAAAUGUUUUGAAAA